AUGAGCUAUCAAAAGUCGCAAGGCGCCGUCAGCGCGGCGCCUGCUGCUGGACUUGAACAAGGAUACACCCAAUGUGCAUCGCAUCCGCCGUACCAGAAGCUGCAGCCGCAGCAUCAGUACUCUCGCUACCAGCAGCAGCAGCGGUACGACCCUCACCACCAACAUGUAUACUACCAGCAGCAGUGUCACGGGGCGGGCCCCAACAAUGGCACAGCUAAACAAGCAGCAGCAGUUGCGGACUCCCCAGCUCCUUGUGGCUCGGCGCAGCAGCAGCCGCGGACUGUACAGCCUCCCGCGUCGCAGCACCAGCACCGACACCAGGAGCACGAGCAGCAGCGGAAAAACCCUCACGCGGUCAAACCCACGCGCAUGCCGCAUCCCCUGACAGACUGGCAGCUGCCAGAACGAUAUGAACUCCACCAUCUCAUUGGAACUGGAUCUUACGGCCACGUAUGUGAGGUGUACGACAACCAGGAGCAGCGAAUUGUGGCGAUUAAGAAGAUUCAUCGUGUCUUUGAGGAUUUGAUUGACUGCAAACGUAUUCUAAGAGAAAUUGCUAUUUUAAACAGACUUAACCACGAUCACAUCGUUAAAAUAUUGGACAUUCUCGUGCCCAAUGACCUGGAGAAGUUCGACGUGCGUCAGAAAAUAAAAUAA